UUAAAGUUAAAUACAGUAUCCGUACCCGUUCAUGGCUUAGGACCCGGAGAGAUGUUCUUUGAUGGGUGUCAAUAAUCUCUGGUUUAUUUUAGAACCAGCCAAGAGAACGGAAAACCUCUCUGCCCUCCGCAACAAGACGCUCUGUGUGGACUUAAGUGGGUGGAUUUGCGAGGCUCAAUGUGCAAAAGGUUUGAAAAACAACGUAAAUAAACCGCACUUGCGAAAUCUUUUCUUCCGAUUGCUUCACUUGACUCGACUUGGAGUCAAGUUGGUGUUUGUUGUUGAUGGAAAACCACCUGAACUGAAAUGGGAUGCAAUCGCCAAGCGAGUUCAAGCGAGAGAUGGCGGGCAGUUCUGCAAAGUCAAGAAACCUGCUAAAGCUAGCGCUGGCUCGGGGGCUCGUGUCGGUCGAUCGCAGUUUGCGAUUUGGGUCAGAGAGUGCCGGAAGUUGUUGAACCUACUAGGGGUGCCAUGUCUUGAGAGCGAGGGUGAAGCUGAAGCACUUUGUGCAUGGCUUGAUCUCCAUCAGAUUGUGGAUGGGUGUAUAACCAAUGAUGGAGAUGCAUUUUUGUAUGGAGCUAGAACAGUGUAUAGAGAUCUUUGUAUCAGUGGAAAGGGUGGAUCAGUAGAAUGUUACAAAAUGGAAGAGAUUGAAGCCAAGCUUGAUCUCAACAGACAGAAGCUGGUUGCACUUGGCAUACUUCUAGGAUGUGAUUACCUUCCACAAGGCGUAUCAGGAGUAGGAAAGGAAAUUGCCAUGAAGCUAAUUAAGAGUGUCAAUCACAAAAACCUACUUGACAGGUUCUAUGAAUGGACAAAGGUUUCAGACCAUGAUGAAAUUCUUUCAAGCGUGGAGAAGCUUGUGAAAUGCAAAGCUCUAAAAGACAAGAACUUCCCACAUCCAGAGGUUAUUCAGGAAUUUCUGUCACCAAAAGUUGUCCCUCAGCAAGUUUCCUUAAAGAUCUUCAAUCCAGAUCUAAGAGGCUUGCAGGAAUUCUGCCUCAAGCACUUGGAGUGGCCUGAGGAAUAUAUCACAGAAAAGGUUCUUCUAUUGAUCACCUAUUGGCAAAUGACAUCAUCGCUAGAGAAUCACACAAUGAUACUCAUUCAACCAGAAAGGAUUGUAAAAUCUCGUGUCCAACAGAGGAUUGAAUGUUAUGAAGUUGAAUGGAAAAACCUUAAACUUGGAGAAACAUGUCCAGUUUCUUUUGUGACCAUUGAGAGCAGAGAGCUUUUUACUCAAGCAUAUCCUGAGGUUGUUGAAGAAUUCCACAUGAAUGAAGCAAUGAAACUGUCCAAAAAAACAAAAAAGAAGAAAGCCACUACAUCUGUGUCCUCUUCAGAAUAUCUUGAAAAUGAAGUGGAGUUUCUAUCAAGGCAGCUCGAAGAUAUAAGUGUGGGUCAUUCUCAACAAUUGCAAAGUUCUGAGCCUAGCAGUUUAUUCAGCGAUGUCUCAACUAAUGAUUCCCUGCAAGAUGUUAUUGACUCUGUUCUUCCAACAUUCAGUGGUUACUCACUACAUCCACCAGGGAUGAAACUCUCACUUGUCAAUAGUGGUCAUCCUGAUAGUGAUGAUGAUGGAUAUCAUGAUGACAGUGAUGACAAUGAUGACAAUGAUGAUGAUGAUGAUGAGGAUGUUGACAUAAAAGAGUGCAAUGUGAAUAUACCUGGGGAUCCCAAUUCAUUACAGAGGGAAUUAGCUCCAGAUAAUCUUGAUUCUGAAUAUGGGUGUGGAGUUGAUGGCAGUUAUGGGGGGAUAUCAAAAUCUUUGAUGUUAAGAGAUGUUCAAGCAACCCAGUGUCAUCUUCAAGUUGAUGUUUCCAUUGAGAAUCAUGACAUGACAGAUAAGAAAAUUUCCAAUGUUAAAACAAAUGAAUAUCCAAGGAAAAGACAUGAAGCAAGGACAGUGGAGGAGGUUAAAUCCAUUUCAGAAAGUACAACUCAAAAUGACUUUAAGUCCAGAAAUAUAAAUGAACAUGGAAAGAAAUUUAUGUUAGUAAAUAAUAUAAAAAAAUCAAAGCAAAUGACAGUCUUAAGCGAGGCUGAUGUUAUUGAAAUUUUUGGGUCCAGUGAUGAGGAUGAUGAUAGCAAAUCAUUUUUGUCAAGGCAGGUCUCUUCAAAAUUCACAGAAAAGACAUUGAAAGGAAGUGUAAGUAAGAUCAAGUCAAGAAAUGAAAUUCCUGGUUUUGUCACUGAGUCCUCAGAGAUGAAAAGCUUACUGGGACCAGUCCAUUAUGCAAAUUCAGACUUUUUAGGCCAAACUCAUCAGCACAAUUUCCCUGAGGAAUAUAGUUUUAGGACAAAUGAGUGUGUGCCAGGUAGUUUGCAAGAGUUUUUGAGGGAUCAUUCAAGGGCUUUCUUAGGUAAAGAUGACGUGAAGUAUGUAAAUGACACAAAGAGAAGCAAGAAGGAACUACUAGAAUCCAAAUGGCAAGUUCUUAAGCCACAGAAUAAUGGCCUAAUCAGUACACCUCAGAGUUCAAAUUGUAAAUCCAAAACAGCUGUGAAAUCUGAUGGUUUCUCUGAUGUUUACUCAGCUGGUAGAUAUGAAGAAGUUCAAGGAGAUAAGUGUGGGAAAGAAAAUGUUGAUUCACCAUUUGAUGAUUUUAUGCCUGCUCCUCUGUCAAAACGACUGGCAAAGCAGCUGAGAGGCAAACAAAGACUUGCUAGUCUUCAUUCCAUUUCAUCUGUUACAGAUGAUAAAUGAACCAAAAAAAGGAGUCUUAGACACAGAGAAAUGCUAAUAAUGGUUCUAAAAUAUAUCAAGUUUAUUUUUUACUAUUGAUAACAUUAAAAUAUACUAUUUUCAGUAAUCUGUUCUAAUAAAUCAAGUUCAAAUGGAAAGUCCGAAGUUGAAAGUUCACUGUUUGUUAAACACUGAUAUUCCAAUCUGUACUUCAUGUAGAUGAGAUUUGAUCUGUGCCACCAGUAAAAAGCUACAACAAUAAAUAGGUGCCACCAUUGAUGGCUUGAUCCAACAUAGUUUAGUUUACCUGCAAAAGGAGAAGGAAAAAGUUAUGGGUCACCAUAAGUACUACAUACCUUAGGCCUCUCCCAUAGAAUGUUCUGUUUCCCAUUGCCCAACCCAACCUUUGUUUUGGAAUUUCAGAUGAUUAAGACUUUGCCUCAAAGUUAUUGUUAAUUAAUUACCCUAAUUAACUUUAGCUUGUAUAUUGUAUCAGGAACAUUCUGCUCAGGAAAACUGGUAGAAAAGGACACAUGAAUCCAAGCUUUUCUUGAACUUGGGCUCUCUUCAGUUUUUUUUCAAGUUUUUCCCCAACUGACAGAGCCACUUUCACCGCAGGAAAGGCGAUGGGAAAUGAAAUGAGCACUGUAUGGUAAGAAAACUUAAUAAACCCUUUGACCCCUAAGAGUGACUAAAAUCUAAUUUCUCCCAACAAUGUAACCCCUAAAUCACAUGUUAAGAUUAUGAGAAUAAAGGAAAUGAUC